AUGAAUGUGCAUGAAGUCUCCAAAUUAUUGAACGAGCAUGAGAACGUAGCUGAACUGACUAAAGGAGAGUUUGUGUGUCCUGUAUGCGAAAAAGAUACUUCAGAUCUUCUGCAAUUGAAUAAUCAUUUGGAUAGCGCUCACGGGUUUGCAGAGGCGGUAAGCAACGGCAAUAAAAGUAUUGAUGCAUUGUCGAAGAAGCAAGAGAAAGGUGCAGAAGUUGGUACAAAGGCGAAAUUUGAUUUGAAGAGAUCACAUUGGGCCAAGUCUAAUUAUGGCCAAAGUCGAUGUAAUGAGUGUAAUAUAAAAGUCAGCCGUUCCACAGGCGUUUUGAAUUGUAGGCGCUGUGGUCAGAUCUUUUGCGUUCGGCAUUGUCAGAGCGUCAUGAGGCUGAAUAAAAACGCGGAGUAUGAUGCCCAAAAUGGGGAGUGGUGCAGAUGCUGUCGUUCUUGUUUUAACAAUAGGCCAGGGUACAACGAGUUUGGAAUCCUAGAAAACAGAACAGAGGAAUUCGUCAAGCUGCGAACUUCGAAAAAUGAAGAUAAACAGCUUCAGCUAUUGCAGCUCGAAGAUAGAUUCGUCAGACUAAUAAAUGGAAUACUCCAAAUCAAUAGGAAUCACCAAGAUAGCCUGCUCGCAUCUGUUAGAAAGUCCACCGAAAUUUGGAGAUUUGAAAAAAGUGUUGUUCCUUGGACUCCUGAUCAUUUUGUCUUGACCUGUUGCAUUUGCCUCAAAUCCUUCGGUUUGACAUUGCGCAAGCAUCACUGCAGGCUUUGUGGGAAAAUUGUAUGUGACGAUGUCAAUACUAAUUGCUCUAAUCAAAUUCCAGUGCUAAGUUUGGUGAAUGCAGCAUCGGAUCUUCCAAUUAAGCUUCCCGCUUCGCUUGAUGCUUCUGAGGUUAGCACGCAAAUUCGAGCUUGCUCCAUAUGCACUCGUUCUAUUUUCAAGAAACGUAAAUUUGAAAAGGAAAUGUCAAUGCCCCUGCCUGUCAUAUUUCAGAUCUACGAAAGCAUGUACAGUAAUGCUAGUAUAAUUUUGGCGACCAUAUCGGGCCUUCAAGCUGCAGCUGGGGGAGUACAGGAAGGCUCUCAAACAAAUUCACUGAGCGUUUCUGAUGUAGCCAAGCUGUCCAAGACUCGGCGUCAAUUGCUAAAUACUUUUUCUGCCUACGACCGGCUCACAAAACAUCUAGUGAGCUCCCAACCGAAUAAUUCUUCUGAAGCAAGGAUACAAUCGGCGAUUAUCUCACAGGCGUCGGCUUUUAUUCAGAGGAACAUGCUGCCACUGAAACAUUUGACUUCAGCCUUGACAUCUGGUUCUUUGUCACAGGAAUCUACACCCGAGACAUCCCCGAUGUCCACUGCAUUGUGUUUUAAUAAUCUCAGCAUUAAAGAAGUAAAAGACUACCGCAAUCAACUCAUGGUGAUAAAAGAACAAAGGUUCUUGGUAGAAGACAUGAUAGCAACCGCAACAAAGCAGCGAAAAUUUGACGAAGCGACAACUCUAGCUAAGAACCUAGAGGAGCUGAAGAUGCAAGCAGAUGGAUUGGCUGAACUACUUGGAGAAGAAGGCUUCAAAUGA